AUUAUAUAUUGUUUUCUUACAUCACUAAGCAGCUGCAUAGCAAACGCACAUUGCAUUUUGAACGUAAUAUAGUUUUCUGGAGUUUAAAGGAUGCCGACACCAGUUAAGAUUAAAAAGAUAGUGGUAAAGAUACCACGCCACCCAUAUAUACGACCACAAGCUGAUUUGGAGCGUGUGACGAUGCGCAAGUGUCGUGUGAAUUUGGAACGGAUGAAGAGCCAACAAUUUCCAGAGUUUUCAGUCAACUCCAAACAGAAGCGUUGCUGUGUGCGUGUUGCACGUUUGCCGAAUGUGGCACGCAGUGAGUUGUCCGUAACACCAGCAAGCUCCGUAGUUUACUCCGAUUUCAGCGAUGGCGAAUCUUCCGACUAACACUCACUAAAAUAAAUCAUAAGCAUCACUAACCAUCUAUAAAUAUAAAAACAACAUUUAUGUAUACACAUAUAUACAUAUACGCAUUGUAUUA